AUGGUGGCGGAUCUCAUCAUGGCGCUUCAGGGAGCUUCCCACGGGGCGCUGGCGAGCCUCCCUGGAAGCAGCCUGAGGCCGAGCCAGCGCGACUCGCUGCAGGGACACACCAGCCCAGGACCACCAGCCCAGGACCCCCAACCAGAGCCGGAACUCGAGGAGGUGCUAGGCCUGAGCCGACUGCCACCUGAGCUGCUCCUGGUGGUGCUGAGCCACAUGCCCCCAUGCACGCUGCUGGGGUGCUGCUGCCAGAUAUGCGGGGGCUGGCACACCCUGGUGGACAGCCAGGCCCCGUGGCCACUCAUGCUGGCCCAGGACCACAGCGGCCUCUACUUCUGUGAGAAAGCACAGAUGGAGAGAUGCAACCUCAGGUGUAACCCAUGCGGCCAAGAAGGCCUCCGGAAAUGGAUGGUGCAGCAUGCUGGGGAUGGCUGGGUGGUGGAGGUGAACAAUUCAAGAGUGGCUAGAGCUCCCCUGCAGGGCUGCUUUGUGUCUUCCUUCAGCGGAUGUGGCAAGAAGCAGGUCUUAGACCUGGAGGAGCAGGGUGUGUGGCCAGAACUGCUAGAUGGUGCAAGAUUAAGAUUUGUCAGCCAGACGGUCCUGAGUAAAUUCUCUGCUAGGCUUGAUCCCGACCAGCAGUGGAACAACAGUGUCCGCUUUCAGGUCACUCACAUGUUCCCCAUCAAGACGGGCCGGCCACUUUGA